AUCAACGCCAAACUAUCACAACCAAUAAUCAUCCAGCACCAAAUUUGUUCUGUUAAUUCACUGAAAAUUCUCAAUUUUUCGUUUGUGGAUUUGAGGUUUUGGACAAAGGCGAAGGAGAUAUUGUAUGGAUUCGCCCUCGAGAAAUUCUGUCGAGCAAGAAGAGACUUCUAAAUUAGUGUGUCAGGAAAGAGAGCUGAUGGCGCCAGAAUGGACAGAUGAGAAACACUGCUUGUUUCUCAAAUCUAUGGAAUCAACAUUUGUCAACCAGCUAUACAAGUCAAUAGAGAUGUUUGGUUUGCAGUCUCAUACAAGCUCAGCAUCUCGAUCAAAACCUCUCAAGCAAAAGCAAACGAGCACCCGAACUUCUGGCCAGUUUAAGGUUCUUCGUGAUGGAUUUUGGUCCAAAGUGGACUUCCAAAAGGACGAGUCUGAAGUCGACCAAAGAGAGGAGUGUAAAGUUCCAUUGUCAAAUCCCUGGAUCCAGCGCUACCGGAACUCAAAAAUACAGGCAAUCAAAAGGUGUCCACCUUCUGCUAAAGCUCCUUCAGCUACGCCUAUGAGCAACUUGUCACCUUCACGUGAAGAUUUUAAUGAAAACAAUAUAGAGAUGACAGAUCAGAACUUCAAUGAUGAAGCUGUUGCAGAGGAGAAGUCUGCCAAGAUAGACGAAACGAAGAGUACAAGAAGCAACGAUCAAGUAAUUACUUGCUCCCAUAUCAUCUGCAUAAAACACACUCAUUUACUGCUGGCAAUUCCAUCUUACACAGUUUCCAAAUCAUUUACUCAGGUUGUUCCCUAACAGCAAUAUGGUUCGAGUCGUUGAAGGCCAUCGGCAUAAAGCACUCGAAGAGUAGAAUGGUGAUGUAGUUUAGAUAGACCAAGAUCCCUAAUGCCAGCACCAGAGAUCCUAGUAUUUUGAUUGAAACAACUGAAACUUCUAACUCCACGCAAGAAGAGUUGACAUGUGGCGUCGCACAAGCUCUGUAGAUAAUUUUUGUAAGCUCUCAAAGAAGUGACAGACUGCAGCUAUCCCUGGUUGGUGACAAAUAGUCCCAGAUUUUAUUCUUUAUCGUUAGAACCUAGAACUCGAAAAUUUUCGUAUGCUAUAUUGAAAGCUACUUUCUGGGCCUUAGAUUUUUUGAGCACAAAGAAACAGUGCUCCCAAUUGUGCCUCUAGUGUAUUGAUGUAAAUUUCAUCACUGGAAAGAGGUAUUCACAUCAAGUUGAUGAAUGUUUCACACUUUACUAGUGAAUCGUUGCAAGUAUCGGUCAGCUCCAAAGAUUUAUACCAGGAGUAUAAUAUUUGAAUUGUUAUGACAUGUAUGAUAUUCUCAAACUUCUGUUUGAAUAGAAAUUUCAAGUUAUUUGUUA